AUCUCUGUUUGAAAGCUAAUCAAUACCCACUCCCUGGCUAUAUCACUUUCUCUGGGAGACCAACACUCGGACACUCGGUAACUUUGGUAGCCCCAACCUCCGAGAUGAAGAGACACGCAGACAACUUCGAUAAACAACCCCAAGGAAACAAGAAGCCUCGCCAUGAAAGCGACCACAUAGGAGCUUCUGUACCGGUCUUCCCGCAAAUGGUGAAGGCCUUAUGUCAAGUCUGUGUUACGACACGAAAGCCAGAAAUGAUGGAAUUCAUUGGUCAGAUCAAGAACAAAGACAUCGAAGACACUCGUAAGGGACUGUGUCUCUUAACAGACGAAGACAAUAUCCGCACAUGGCGAAGUGGUUUCAGAGCCUUACUUGACUGUGGCGACAUCGUCGAGCAAGCAAGCAAGUUCAUGAAGAAGAUACCCAAGAAAACUCAAAACAUGUGUAAGAAUGCCAUGGAGAAGCAUGAAAAGACCAUGCACCAAGACCGCGAUGGGAGUGAGCAGGGUAUCCCUUCCCUAGAUCCAAAGAUUUUCGUAGGGGAGACGAUAAUGGCCAACAUGAAGCCACCAAAAGAAAACGUGAGGUGGGAACCCGGAGCGUGGGCGUUGAAUUGGUCAGAUUUGAACUCUACACAGGAGCAACAACUGGUAGAUCAGAUGAAGCUUCGACUGUCUCCGGAGGGACGCAGCAUGCUCGAUAUCACUAUGGUGAAAGACAUGUGUGAGAUAAUCGCUCGGAACAAGACUCGGAACAAGCAGGCCAAUGGCGAUACGGAUACUACAACACAAGAUGCGGACAUGGAGGCAGAGAAGGAUUGAGAUGAUGCUGCAGACGGAGAUGCCACAGGAUGCGAUGAAGCAAGGUGGCACGAUAUAUGGCAAUGACCAUGCGAAUCCCAAGGAAGUGGCAGCUGCUCGACAAUGCGAGAUAGCACGGCCACAGUGCGAACCAAAAGUUUUGAAAUUCUGCUUCUAUCGGUUGACGAUUUCUUCGUAGACUAGUUUGGUUAGAUCAGUGGACCCUGACAGAGAAUUGAAUUUGCAACCUUCCCUAUACCAUGAUCGCUAAGACAUUAUCGGUCAUGCCACUGAAGAAUGCUAGCGAAGUCUCGAACCGUAUCAACCACCACACGAGAUUUCGUCAAAGCUUCGCCAGGCUGAGUCCAAGACACCCACCAGUGUUGCUUUGGUACAUGGUAACCUACUUGAUUGUAUCUCACUAGUUCCGACCGCUGAUGCCGUAGACGUAGAUAGGUUGCGAGAACUUAUACCAGUCUUUUUGCAGAAGUGCAUCCAUGGGAUAUAUAAAGCCUUCUGCGGAGGAUGUUUAGAACGAACCUAAACGCAGCGCCUUAGACCACUCGGCCAUCGCUUUCCCUCCCCACUCAUUGCAACACACUCACGCACGCCUACAUGCAACCUACCGAGCCCCAUCAAAUACGAACAGACUGUCCAUUUCAAACCCACCCUCUCUCGUUACGAGAUGUGGAGAUGAAGACCAGCAGCCCAUCAUGACCGAACUAGUGUUAGCGCAAAAGCCGGUUUUCUUGGCUUCUUCUGCAUACCGUACAUACAGUGCACCGAUCAGGGGAGUGCUGUAGAUCGAUUUAAUGCACGUGGGUGGGGUACAUGGAGAUUUUGAGAUUGCGAUUAUGCAUUGUAGAUGAUCUUUGU